CACUGACAAGCCAAUAUCGAGCCCGAAUCUAAGCCAAGAGAUAAAAUACCCGAAAAACCGGAAAACCCGAAAAACAUGUCAACCAGCUUUAAGUCGAGAAUUCCGGAGCGCGUUAAGCACUCGCUGACGGCGCUGCAUGGGCCAAAUUCGCGGGUUACGCGCUCGCGAAGCAUCGCUCGUCCGAAUCGCUGUACACUGUACCGCUCUAAGUUGCCGCUGCCGAUCAGGAUGCUGACCGCUUUGGUCAGGGAGGUACCGCCGGAAGCAGCGGCAGCGGCAGCGGCCACCAGCAGCAGCAGCAGGAGACCGGAAACGGAAAGGGAAACCGAAGCGGUGAUCCGCUCGCUAGUGCGAUGCUCGAUUCCGCCGGCGGUACGCGGCAAUCGCACCUCCUUCCGUCGCAUCCAAUUGGCCCACUGUUCGCCCCAGGUGGCCAGUGUCUCGCUGACGAUGAAGCCCCAAAACCGAUGGCAGAAUGCCAGCGCACUGAGUCCGCCCCAAAAACCCCACACGGUGCAGCAGCCCGUUGCCCCGGUGGUGGUGAAACGCAAGCGCACCGAGGACGAGGUGGUGUCCGCGAAGAGCCUCAUCGAACUGGUGGCCGGAAAAUGGCAACCGGAUAUGAAAAUGAUGCGCUUCCUGUGCAGCGAUCAUCGGCUGAUCAAUGUGCCCAGCCGCCUGAUGUACCGCUACUCGGAAAUUAUGUGCCACCUGGAAAUGGAGGAGCAGCCCAUCGAGCUGCGGGCCAUCCGAUCGGUGACCCUGCUCCGGGUGGUCAUGUGGAUGCAUCAGAAGAGCCUGAACGGAAACGGUGAAGUGCUGACUGCCGGACUCGAGCAGAGUUGCAUUUGCGCCAACCAGGAAAAAGGAAACGGAAAUGAAAAUAACACCGAGAACAGUUGUGAAAUCACUGAGAACAUUCAAGAAAAUGAUGCAAGCAUAACUAUAAAUGCUCAAUCUAUAAUAAACCAAAUGUUUAAUGCAUACAGCGAUAGCGAGGAUGAAACUACUGAGAGCAGUUCUGAAAGCAGUGAGAGCAGUGAGGAAAAUGAUAGUGCCGAUAGUAUCGACUUUGAAAUGAGCAAUGGCUACAGAAAAUACGGAUAUCAGAAUACCAAGAACAGCUGCAAAAGGACAGAAAGAUUGCAUAAUCGAAUUGUUAAGGUCUAUAAUAAAAGAGGAUAUAAAACUGCCGAGAAUAGUUGUGAAAAUUACGAGAAUGCUGAAAAUGUAAUAUACAAGAAACUUAAUGGCUACACAGAAGGCGGAAAUGAAAAGGUCGAGAACUGUAUACUAAAUGAUAUAUGCAAAAUUGCGGACCUUGCAAAUGGGAUGCAUUUCAGAAAUGCAGGGAACAUAACCUCAAACACUGGGAACACUCAGAUGAAAGCCAGAACCGGAAAUGACUUCAAUACGGAAAGCGGAAAUGAGCAAAAUGCAAAUGGCAGCUGUAGUGACAAGGAAAAUACUAUUCACAAUAUAUAUGAAAACAACAGUCAAGAUCGUUUUGUAAUUAGUCCCAAAAAUACUGGAAUUUUCAGGGAGAACAGUGGAAACGGUAUUGAGAAUGGCAAAGAAAAGGGCACUAUCGAAGGCAGUAGUUUAAGUGAAAAUAUAUUUCGUACCAGUGGGAAGCCAAAUUUCAGUGAAAUAAAUCUAAAUGGAAAUGGAAAUGCAAACGAGAACAGGAAUGCAAGUGAACAAAAAGUUCCCAUCGUUGAGAAUUUAAAAAGUGAGGCCUCUGAACUCAGUUCGUGGGAGCAGCGAUUGUUGGGCAGUGAACUCUACCAGUUGGUGGAGCUCAUCCUGGCCGCUCACUAUUUGGGCGUGGAUUCGCUGACCCUGCUGGCCACCCAUCAUUUUGGCGAGCUGAUGGCCCAAAGGACUCGCACGGAAAGGUGCAUCAUGCUGAAGAUUCGCACACAUUUGGCUGGCGUGCGUCAAACUCUGGACAACCAUCGUCCGCGAAUCCAGGAGAUAAUGACGCAGGAGAGGUAUCCGAAUCCGAAUCCGAAUCAUCUGAGGCCGCAGCGAGAAAGUCCAGCUUUUGCUGCGGUCAACAAGGAGCUGCUGCUGGGUCCCAACAAGAUGUCCAGGAUCCGAUCAGCACGAAGAACUGAAGGUCCUUGCGCCAUCGAGACCUCGACCCCACUCUGCUCCAAUAGACAUCGCCACCACCAGAACUGUUUUCACACCAGGUUUUAAUUCGAAAUCCCUUGGAUUGUAAAGGCAAUAGAGAGCUUUUGUACACUAGUUUUUUUGUCAAACCUCUCAGUUUCAUUGUUUCGUUUUCAUUUCAUUUCGACAAUCGGUGUUUUUUCUGUGUUGUGGUUCAUGUGUGGUUGGCCUGUUGCUUAUUCAUCUUAACGAUAUAUUUAAUUGCGUAAUAAAUGCGAGGACCUCGGUUGGAAACUGCUAAGAAGACGCACACCUCAAAGUUGAUUAAUCCGCUGGCAGCGCAACUUUUACUCGACCAAAGCCACGGUGGACACUCAUUUUGGUUUAAU